AUGAAUGUCAGCUUGAUCACAGCCUGUCUGCCUUCCUUGGGACGUAUGAUGUGGGAGCUGUGGGCAUUGGGAUCAGGAUUGCGUACCACUUGGGGCUCAAAAGACGUCGAAGGUCGUGACUUUGGACAUGAGCUGGGACUGGAGAAAGGCUCAGGUCAGUCCAAAGAAAAGGCACCAUCAGACACCAGGAUCCAGGUGCAGGUGCGCAGGGUCAACAGUUUUGAUUCCGGCACCACAAUUGUCAUCGCUCGACAAAAAACCCUACCUGCUUUACCGAGACGAACUACCUCUCGAUUCCGACCUGUUCGAAAGCAGGACCACCAUUAUCGACGUCCAGUCUCAACAGAACCUGUCCAUACCAACCCGGAAUACAUCCCGAGUAUGCAUUUCGCAGCUUUGGGUAUUCCUUCGCCUAAUACGAUUACUCACCGAGCUCAGCUUGAGGAGGCUGUCAACAAACAGCCCGAUUUCCCAUUUCCCUCACAAGCCCUAAUAGCAACUCAUCGACAUCACGACGAAUCACUUCCUCCAUACGCGCAUUACACGCCUUCACCUCACCAACAACCUACUUUACCCCGGAUCUCUGGCUCAGAUUACAACGAAGACGCAUCGUCGAUCGACAUCGACAGCUACUACCUCAUGAACAACACCGCACCUUACGACGCCAGUCGCACGGAAAUAGUCCUGCAGUCCAUGAUUGAUGAGCUCAAGAGCCAGAAUAAUUCCAUUUAUUCCUGUCCACAUCGGGCUGAGAGUUCAAUCUAUUCUGAACAGAGGCUGCACAAUUCGGUGUAUUCUGCACAGAUUAGAAAUGAAGGCGGAUGGAUUUAA